AUGCGACGACCUGCGCGCUCCACUCCUCACGCUACUCCGCGGCUGCGAUGGAUGGAGCCUACCUCUCCUGGCGAGCAAAGUCCGAUGGAUCGGUUGAUGACUUGGCUCGAGCGCAAUGGGGACGAGUAUCGCGCGUCGAAGCGCAAGAUCGACCUGCUGGAGCAACUGGGCGAGGAGAUGGCGACGAACGGCAUCUACGGACUCACCAUCAGCUCCAUCCGCUCGCAGAUCUCUCGUCUGAAGAACGGGGUACAGACCAAAGCUGAAGGAGGCAACUGCGCCUCGAAGGACGUCAACGUCUACUACGACCGUCUCUUGGGCGUCCUGUUCGACGACGAAGAGAGAGCCGCGAUGCGUGAGCGUGCCAGUGCGGCAGCUAAUGAACUUGAGGACCAUGAAGCUGCUGCGAGACCUCGUGUAAGUGCCAAUUUAAAGCGAUUGGCGCCGAUCGACCCCAUUCUCGACACCGCUGAGAUCCGUCGCCGCUUUGAGUUGCUCUCUGCGCGCCAAGGACUGCAAUCGCAAGGUGUCGACGCCGAAACGAUCGACUCGUUCCUGCCUCUGCAUCGAAACUAA